GGGUUUGCAAGCUUGGAGAAGAGACCCAAGAUCUAUUCUUUUGCAGUAACCACGCACGAUUCUCAGUACGAGUAGUGCCCUGUCGCAGAAAGAACUAGUGUACCAAAUAUUCUGCAGGUAACAGCCUCUUCCGGUCUUCUACUACGAUAGUACCAGGAUAAACAGAGAAAAAUAAUAAUACCUUCGUCUUGAAAGUGGCAUCUUGAAACUAUGUCGCCGGUAGUACGAUUAGACUGCGUGUCCUGCCGAGACGGCGAAAAGCCCUGCAAACUUCUCAGGUGCCUGCAUUCGCUGUGCAUGGGUAAGUGCUUGGAGGCGCACACCGGGGACGACAACACGGUUGAGUGUCCACUGUGUGGCAAGGUCACAUCAACGCCACCGGGAGCCAUCCUGGCAGACUACCUACCGAACAGCCGUGAGUUUGCUAAGAACGAAGACACGCCGGCCAACGCCACGCUGAGCGAAAAGGGACACGCUUGCGAGAGCUGCGUGGAGGAGACAAGCGCGAGUGCGUUCUGCAAAGACUGCCGCAAGAGAUUCUGCAGUCUACACGCGCAGGUACAUCCCAACUCUCAUGGCUCGUACGGGCACGAUGUGGUUCCGUUGCUCGAGGACGGGACGCUUGGUGAGAAGGAGAUGGCCGACUCUGGCCCUAGAUGCUCCAUGCAUCCUUCUUCAAGGCAGUCCUAUUACUGUCUGGCCUGCAGAAUGAUCCUGUGCGAGAAGGGCCUAGCAUCCAAGCGACAUGCCGCACAUCGCGAUGAGUUGCAGCCGCUCUCGCAAGCUGCAUCCACGAUCAGGAAGUCCAUCAUCCCCAACAUGUUGGCGAGCUUCUCUGACGACAGCCGCAUAGCUAAAACGCUAACCGAAACGGACGAUAAACUUUCGACCCUGCAUGCCAAUAACAUACAGGUGACGUCCGAAAUUACUGGUUUUUUUGCAGGUCUGAAAACCCUAGUGGAGAAACGUGAGCGUGAGCUGCUGGGAAAACUAGACGGGUUGCAGACUGAGUACCGGCAGGCAUUGCAAGAACACAAACAGCAGCUCGUAGCCAGUCAGGAAGCAGGCCAAGAAGUGAUCAGGCUUGCCUCAGCCUGUAACAAUAACAUUGAGUUUGUCAAGGCAUGGGCUUGGCUGGAGGAAGCAGGCAAUGACCUCAUGGCGGCCGCGGAGAGGAUAGCAGAUCCGCUUGCUCCCGGAAUGGUGUUCUUCAGGCCCGACCUGAAGGAUGACUGCGAGGAGGUGAUUCCCGACGCAGGGUUUGUCAGCAAAACCGACGUGAUGAGUGUGCGUGAUACUAGCAUGAGUGCACCGGACUGUGUGCUGAAAGGAGAGCCUCUUUUCAUCACGGUCAUUCCCAGGAAUGAGUUUGGCGGCAAUGUAGUUGCCUCAAGUGACCACAUGGCUGCUGUGAACAUCGCAGUAGACGCACCAGCCAUGGGUGUUACGGAGUGCUCAUUGACCAGCUUUAGAAGCAAGCGCAGGUGCGGGAGCACCAUAGUCGGCCGCUUUGAGACGAUGACGGCGGAGGGUCAGCUCACCGUCUCGACCACGCUUGGCAACCGUCACGUUGCCGGCAGCCCUGCCAUCGUCACCAUCGCGCAGCAGGCCGUGUUCGAUCACCAGCGCUGCGAUCCCGGUCUGGUCGUGUCCAACUACAACCGGACGAUCACACACAGUGACCCCAGCGGAGGUACGCGGUGUGCCAGCGGCAUGCUGAAAUGGCGUGCGGGCCGUCACGAUGUGGACAUUCGCAUUGAUCGCUUGACCAAGGGCAGCGUCCAUCACUUGUUCUCUGUGUGCAACAACCAUGAAGACCCGACCGGGGAUUUUCAAACCGAUGGUAUCUACGGUUGGUACGGUAACAGCAGGGACAUGAUCAGUGAAAGUACGGGCACGGCUCUAGGACAGCCGUGGCGUGUCGGUGACAUUAUCCACCUGUCUGUUGACUGUGACAAGCAUACGCUGUAUGGCCGUCACGUGCGGACCGGGGCUGAACAGACGCUGACCGAUGUCCGUGGAGAUCUGUGCCUGUUCGUCUCGCUCAGCUGUUACAAAGACCAAGUCACUAUCCUGGACCUCAUCGUGUAGAGCGGGUACUCGUAACAAUUCACCCUUCUAGAGCUCAUCGUGUUGAGCUUGUACCGGUCAGUGUCCUCCUCUCGUGUCUCACCAUUGUUUGUACAUUCCCUGGCUCUUCCACAAUACAUCCAUUUUACGGCAGGAACUUCAAUUUCCAUGAUAUGUGUCCACUCGGCAGUUGUCUGGGGUGCUGUAAAUUCUACGGUACUGCUAUCGACUAUUCAAGGCGCGUGACGCUCCUUUCAGUGGGCUACAUGUCAUUGGCCUACACGAUGGCCAGAAACUCAUAGUUCCUUUUGAUUGGAAUUACACUAGCUGUGGACAGUGCAAGGCGUGGGACUUUGUUAUCCAUCUGAUUAGCAGAUGUCCCAUGUGGUUCCUAACGUUGUUCUACUUCAGUACCUGUAAGGCGUAUGACUGCGUAAAACUCCCCAGUUCUACCUGCUAAGUGUUGUGUGCGUGUGUGUGUACUUCAAGGUUUGCUGAUACAUUCUCUGAUGCAUGUUUAGUAUUCGUGUAAAUGCAUAAUUAUGAGUGUGAUCGAAUGCUUGCAUGUCUGUCAUGUUCCCAUAGCUUAGAGAUACGUGUGCGUGCGUGUGUGCAUGGGUAUAUGUACAUGUGUGCAGAUAAUGCAUGUGUGUGUGUGUGUGCGCGCGUGAGCGCGCGUGCGUUUGCAUGUGUGCAUGGGUAUGUGUGCAUGUGUGCACGUCUGUGUGCAUGUAUGUGUGUGCGCGUGCGUGCGCGCACGUGUGUGUGUGUGUGUGUGUACCUUUCGCCAUUACCUGUUAAACUGUUUCAUUCAAAUCGUGUCCAUUUUUUUGCCGUUUAUAUAAAGAGAAAAU